AUGUCAUCUCAAUACCACAGCAAAUCAGAUUCCAACUCCGUCGCCAGCCCUACCCCAUACACAUAUGAAAAUGAAGUGUACCAGGCCGGCCUCAAAGGGCAGAAGCCAUCUUUAACGUUCAACUGUCUCGAAUGGGAGAAACUGGCGAAAGAUAAGCUAUCCGCCGAAGCCUACGGGUACGUCUGGGGAUCUGCUGGGAUCCGGGACACCGACGACAACAACAAGAAAGCAUUCAAGAAAUGGGGCAUUGUCCCGUCACGCUUAGUCGAAAGCGGCCUUCCCGACCUUAAAACUUCGCUCUUUGGCGAGACGUACGAUUAUCCAAUCGCUCUUGCCCCGGUGGGAGUGCAACGCAUCUUCCACCUGGAUGGGGAGACUGCUACGGCCAAGGCUGCUCAACAGGAACAUGUUACCUACAUACUGAGCACGGCGUCCGCUUCCAGUAUUGAGGAUGUGGCUGAAGCGAAUGGGAAUGGCUGUCGUUGGUUUCAGCUCUACUGGCCUCUGAAUGAGAACAAUGAUAUCACAGUAAGCCUGUUGUCGCGGGCCAAGUCAGCUGGAUACAAGGUUUUGGUGGUCACUUUGGAUACGUAUAUCCUUGGUUGGCGACCCAGUGACUUGGAUAAUGGAUAUAGCCCUUUCCUUCGGCCGGACAAUAUUGGCGUUGAAAUGGGAUUUUCCGACCCUGUGUACCGCCGCAAGUUCCAGGAAAAGCAUGGAAAAGCUAUCGAGGAAGACAUAGGGACUGCGGCUGCAGAAUGGGCACACACUAUUUUCCCUGGUAUAAGUCACGGUUGGGAAGAUAUCAAAUUCCUCCAGGACCAUUGGGAUGGUCCGAUUGUGUUGAAGGGGAUACAGACGGUUGCGGAUGCGGAGAAGGCUGUGGAAUAUGGUGUCCAGGGCAUUGUCGUCUCCAAUCAUGGCGGACGGCAACAAGACGGAGGUAUUGCGUCGUUGGACGUUCUGCCCGAGAUUGCUGAUGCCGUGGGAGAUAAGCUGGAAAUCAUUUUUGAUUCCGGUGUGCGCUGCGGCGCUGAUAUCGUCAAGGCGUUGGCACUUGGUGCCAAGAUGGUCUUGAUUGGUCGCCCAUAUGUUUAUGGACUGGCUCUGCAAGGUGAGGCGGGAGUGCGACAUGUUUUGAAGAGUCUGCUGGGAGAUUUGGAUCUCAACCUUCACCUAUCAGGAAUCAGCUCAGUAUCUCCUCGGCAUCUCAACCGGUCGGUUUUACGUCGGACGGAUUCUUGA